ACAUCGUUAUAUUUCGGACGCACGUUCCGCGAUGUAAAUAAACUACACUGUGUUCCAUUCGCAUGUAUCUAAGAAAGAAGCGCGUUGUUGAGCGGUAACAAGUGUGAAGGUAGUUUUUUUUUUUUUAGUGUAAUAAUAAUAUCAUCUGUCGUUGUCGUAUUCGCUCGAGGUGAGUUAGAGAAAUGAUUUUGACUUGCGUAACUUUAAUAUUAGUUUUGUGACCGGUAUUACGUUAUGCUAGAUGUUUUCCAGCCCGCGAAGCCAACGCGGUGUGCACGUGUGGGAGAGAACUGUAUCGAGCCUGCGUAAUAAUUCCUGCGUUCGUUUCAAUAAAUAUUGUGUAGGAUGCGACAAAACAGUGAUUUGCACAGUUGUACCGAAGAAAAUUGUCCUGGCAUCUACUGCGAUUAAAAACUUGAUUUCCAUCUUGAUCACUUUAAAUACUGAAGAUGCGUAUGAUAAUCGACGGGAAUAGUAGCAACCGAAAAGAACAACUGGCAAAUACGGAAAACUUGUUUUCUAGAAAUAUCUAUUUUUAUCUAAACGCAAAUAUUUAGAUUUCGUGGAUCAUGUCACACAGAUGAUGAAGAUUUAGCUGUUGGACAGAACGGGAUGUACUUACCAGUUUACGUUGUAAGCUGUCUUAAUUGUUCUGCAUCAAAAAGGGUAGAAACUCAAAAAUGGCGGACUCUGCCACUGAUGGAGGCGACCGUCCCCAAAAGAAACAUGUGGCAAGUCAUUCAGGUCGAAAAGCCGAAAAGAAAAAAGCCAAAGCCAACAAACAGGGCGCCAUUACUAAAACAAACAAUGCAAAGGCAUUUGCGUUCAACUCAGCUGUUAAAGCGGAGAAGAUGUUCCGACGCCGUAAAGAUCUCCAAGAGAAGCGACACCACAUCCCGCUUGUAGACAGGACCCCUAUCGAACCGCCCCCGUACGUUGUGGCCAUCGUAGGUCCACCUAAAGUCGGCAAGAGCACGCUGCUAAAAUGUCUCAUCAAGAACUAUACGCGGCAGAUUAUCAACAACAUCAACGGACCGGUCACCGUCGUUUCUGGUAAGAAGCGACGUCUUACGUUGAUGGAAUGCAACAAUGACAUCAAUUCGAUGAUCGACACGGCCAAGGUCGCUGAUCUCGUUCUGCUUGUCGUGGAUGCUUCGUACGGAUUUGAAAUGGAGACAUUUGAGUUCUUAAACAUCUGCCAGGUCCAUGGCUUUCCUAGGAUAAUGGGCGUGCUCACGCAUCUUGACCAGAUCAAGAGCCAUAAAACCUUGCGUAAUACUAAAAAACAAAUGAAACAUCGUUUCUGGACAGAAAUUUAUCAAGGCGCAAAAUUAUUCUAUCUGUCUGGUAUGGUGCACGGCGGUUACCUAAAGCACGAGAUUCAUAAUCUUGGUCGCUUUAUGUCGACGAUAAAGUUUCGUCCUCUGGACUGGCGAACUUCUCAUCCGUAUAUCUUGGCGGAUCGGUUUGAAGAUAUCACUGGCCAAGAGCUAAUUCGACAAAAUCCGAAAAUCGACCGAACAAUAUGCCUUUAUGGUUAUAGCCGCGGAGCUCACCUUAAACAGAACGCUCUGUUUCAUAUUCCUGGAUGCGGCGACUACACCGCGGCUGAUAUCUCAUACUUACCUGAUCCAUGUCCGCUUCCUGACAAAUUGAAAAAGCGAAAAUUGGAUGAUCGGGAACGUCUCAUUUAUGCUCCGAUGUCGGGCGUUGGUGGCGUAGUAUUUGACAAGGAUGCCGUUUACAUUGAUCUUCAAGGCAGUCAUUCGCAUCACACAGGUACGGCGGCUGAUGAAGAACUCGAUGAAGAGCAGGGUCUACUGGAUGGCCUUUUGCAAACUAAGGUCCCUCUGGAUCAGAAGAUCACGAACACUGGAUUUACUCUUUUAUCUGGGACAAAGCCGCUUGACAAGGAUGAGACGAAUGAGUUGACCAAGCGGGUGCGCCGUUCAAUGGGUCCAUUGGAUGAAAUUCAGAAAUCUGAUGCGGGUUCUAACGGAUCUGACUCGGACGAAGAUGAGGAUGAGGAUGAGCAAGAUGACUCUGAUGACGAACAUGAUGACAGUGAAUCUAAAGAUGAUGGAAAGUCCUAUGACAUGAAAAAUAAUUGGGGACACAAAUUUCUCGAAGAAGAAGAUGUGGAGAUGGCCGCGACUGAAAAUGAGUCAGAUGGCGAUGAAGAUAUGCUUCCGAUUGCACGGGAUCAGAUGAUGAAGAAACUCGCAGAGGGAUACGCUGCUCGUAGUAAAAAGCUCGGGAAUCUUCAAUUCCUUGUUUACGGUGGUGCUAAGAAGGCGAGCCGCCAAACGGAUUUCGAAGGGGGGAGCGAUAAGGAGGGUGAAGAUGACGAAGUUUUCGGAGGCCUGUUUACUAAGACCAAAAGAAGCGAAGGAAAGAUCCAAACCAAAAAAGAUCUUAACGCUCCAGAAAACACCCGCCAUCGCCUUAUUGUUGACGAAAUUGAUUAUGAUCAGGUGUGUUUAUCGAUUCGGGACUGUUUUGUUACGGGUCGUUGGGCUGCAGACGAAGACGCGGAACAGCUGUUGGCUCAGGCCAAACAAGAUGACGAAGAGCUCUUUGGAGACUUUGAAGAUCUCGAGAAGCAGCUCAAGGACGAAGAGCAGGCGGAGCAAGAGGAAAAGAAACAACAUCCCCAAAAAAAGGCUACUACACACGAGGAGCGAUUGAAACAGAUUGAGGCAAAGAGGCUUGAAAAAAAGAAGCGUCUAAAAGAGAUGUUUGAUCAAGAAUACGACGAUAAAGGAGAUGACAAGACAUUGUAUGACGAAAUCAAAGAAGAAAUGAAUCAGCAGGCGCAGCUCAACAAGGCAGAGUUUGCGGACCUGGAUGACUCUCGUCGGGUUUUGUUCGAGGGUUUUCGAGCAGGCUUAUAUGUACGGGUGGAGCUUAGAGGAUUACCGUGCGAACUCGUGCAGAAUUUCGACCCAUCUUAUCCAAUCGUUCUUGGAGGACUCAAUACUGCCGAGAACAGAGUCGGGUAUCUGCAGGUGCGUGUCAAAAAGCACCGUUGGUUCAAGAAGAUCCUGAAGAGUGCCGAUCCGCUUGUGAUGUCUUUGGGAUGGCGACGGUUCCAAACGACGCCAGUGUUCUUUACUCAGGAUCACAAUAUGCGGCAAAGGUUUCUGAAGUACACUCCGAUGCAUCUGCACUGUUACGCUGCCUUCUGGGGCCCGAUUACUCCUCAGAACUCCGGUUUCAUUGCUAUUCAGAAUUCAGUGCAGGACAAAUCUGAUUUUCGGGUCUGUGCAACUGGUGUGGUUCUCGAAAUUGAUAAAACGACGCAGAUUGUAAAGAAGCUGAAAUUAACCGGUACUCCAAUCAAGGUGAAAAACAAAACCGCUUUUAUUGAAGGGAUGUUUAACAGUAUUAUUGAAGUGACCAAAUUCGAAGGCGCUGCUUUACGCACGGUCGCCGGCAUACGUGGUCAGAUUAAGAAGCCUAUUAAGGCACCACCAGGCGCCUUUCGCGCAGCGUUCGAGGACAGGCUGCUUAAGGCCGACAUCGUCUUUCUGCGGACUUGGUACACAGUGCCCGUACCUAAGUUCUUCAUAACUGUCAAUACACUUCUGCUGCCGUCCAGUGAAAAAGAUAAAUGGAAAGGUAUGAAAACGGUGGGAGAACUUCGCGCCGAGAAAGGACUUAGAGCACCUGUUAAUCAGGAUUCGCUGUAUACGGGUGUGGAACGACGCGAGUUCUUCGAGAAACCGCUUCGAUUACCAAAGAGUCUACAGGCCGCACUGCCAUACAAGGAUAAGCCUAAACAAGAAACGAUUAUUGAAGGCGGAAACGCCCUCCAUCGCGUGGCUAUCGUACCUGAUGAGCAACAGCAGCGCGUCUCGAAGAUGAUGACAAUGAUGAGGACUGUUCACUCGGAGAAGCAACUGAAAAUGCGACGCGAAAUGGAGGAACGGGUCCGUCAGCACAAGCGAGCCAUGGAAGCGCAAGAACUGAAGAGACUUGUUAAGCAACGCCAAGUAAAGAGGCACAUCUGCAAAGUGCUACAACAAAACGAGUUAAAAAGACAGAAGAUGCAGGCAGGGAAAAUUGGCAGAAAAAAAUUAGAAUAAGUCAAUUAGUUAAUUUGGUAGGUUAAGCAAAUUGAGGGUUGUUUUUAUCUCGGUUAUGCAAACGAUAUACGGAAACGCGUUUGGGUGUAAGAUGACUAAAAUCACUUCGAUUGGUUCGUCGAAGUGUCACAUGUUACAGCGUUUUUUUUGUACACCAGCUGAUCAAGCUAACUUUUCACAUAUGAAAACAGUAGAGAUACGAACGACAACGAAGGUUAUAGCAUCGCUUCCACAUUGAAUGAUCAAAGAAGUAUCUAGAACAUUCUUUUUUAGAGUGUUGUCUACGAGUAUCUGCGUUGAUGAAAGGAAAACGAUUGAAAAUCUUUAUAGCUAUAGGGAUGUCGAACUAUGUGGGAUAGUUCCGAGUAUGCAAACGUACUGUAUAUUUGAAUAAUUAGGAUUUAUUAAACGGGUUUGUUGAGGAUAAUAAAAUUAUUACGUUAAAAGUGAUAACUACGCUAUUCGCUUCUCCUUGAUUUUCAGUUCUAAAUGUUAUACGCAUCAAAAGUAUAAGCAGAUAAAACAUAUCGUCACGUUAUACGGAGACUAGCUAACAUGUACUUUAGAUCGAACACGUUUCGGUAACUCGGAUAACUUUCAAGCCGAGUUGGACAUUUUUCAAUUGAAAUCAAAUACUUUGCAAAUCGAAACGGUUUGGAAACAGAAAUUUCAAAUAGCAUAACUGAAUCUCUACCGAAUCAGCAGAGGUCAGUUGUCGCAGUAGGAAUGCAUGAAAAAGGCAAAUGAAUAUGUUUCUAUCACUAGGUGGAACUACUUUCGUAAGCCCAGUUUUGUUAAAGGUUUGUAGUUAUUCAGAUAUAAAUACUCAGGCUCGGUGGAUGGUCCUAAAACAUCGAUUAAUGUAGGUAUAAAUCGUGCUACAUCGGUUUUAUAACGGGAAGUCGAAUUUACUAUUUUUUCAAAGCUGUUUCUGCCCUAAAUGCCUCACGAAUUUUGUGCACGUUGGAGCCAAGUAAAACCGUCAAAACAGUUUUUAGCUUACAUCUGCUAUAAACCAAUGCAACAUUUAUCAGCCUUGGACUUCCGUUAUAUAUAAUAGAUUGAAUUAUAAAGUCAUUUUUCUACACGAAACUUGUCAAGGUGCGCUACACGCAUAGCGGUCCUUUCGCCUGUGGGGUCAUCGGAUUCCUAGACGAAAAUAAUGUUGUUUUUG